GUCCAUGGACUUCAAAUGGAGCGGUCAGUGCAGGAGAAUACCCUGCAUUAUACCAUUGGGCAUGUUCUGAUCAUAGCCCGGAUUUUUGGCGUACUACCUCUGGCCGGGAUAAAUCCUAAGGGCAAGCCGGAAAAUGUUCGCUUCCGCUGGUUUUCCCCGUACAUUCUGUUUUUCGUCGUGGCAUUCACAUUUGUAGUCGCUGACUUCAUGCUCUCAACUAAGAUUGUACAUAACGAUGGCUUUCAGCUGUAUACCAUGGGCUCUUUGAGUUUUAGUGUGAUUUGCAUAUUUUGUUUCGGAUCCUUUUUAAAACUGGCCCGACGGUGGCCCCAUAUCAUCCGGGAAACAGCGCUGUGUGAGCGGAUCUUUCUGAAGCCCUGCUAUGCGAACCAAGAAGGACUCAAUUUCAGCCGAUUUCUAAGGCGUUGGGCAUUGAUCCUUCUGGUGGCCGCUCUAUGUGAACACCUGACUUACGUGGGAAGUGCGGCUUGGAGUAACUAUGUUCAGAUUCGGGACUGCAAUCUGAAAGUGGGAUUUGUGGAGAACUACUUCCUCCGCGAGCGCCAAGAGUUAUUCUCAGUUUUUGAAUACCGCGCCUGGAUGGUGUUCCUUAUCGAAUGGAACACCAUGGCCAUGACUUUUGUCUGGAACUUUGGCGAUAUAUUCCUGUUUCUCAUGUGUCGAGGCUUGAAUAUACGUUUUCAGCAGCUGCACUGGCGUAUUUGCCAGAAUCUAGGAAAGCCCAUGGCCAAGGAGUUCUGGCAGGAAAUACGUUCGGACUUCUUGGAUCUGGACAGCCUGCUGAAGCUCUACGACAAGGAGCUGUCUGGACUGAUUCUGGUCUGCUGCGCCCACAACAUGUACUUCAUUUGUGUCCAAGUCUACCACAGUUUUCAGGUCAAAGGAGCCUUUAUGGAUGAGCUGUACUUCUGGUUCUGUUUGCUCUAUGUGAUCAGUCGCUUGAUGAACAUGAUGCUGGCCGCUUCCUCGAUUCCCCAGGAGAUCAAGGAUAUAUCGAAUACCCUCUACGAGGUCCGUUCGACUCCAUGGUGCGAUGAUCUGGGUCGUCUAAGCGAAAUGCUUCGCAAUGAAACCUUCGCACUCAGCGGAAUGGGAUACUUUUUCGUAACCCGAAGGCUCAUCUUUGCAAUGGCUGGUGCCUUAAUGGGCUACGAACUGGUGCUGUUCCGGCAAAUGCAAGGUGCCGUGGUGCAGAAAAGUAUCUGCAGCCGCGGACCCGGUUCCUCCAUGAGCAUUUUUAUAAGCACACAAUUGGCAUGGGAGCCAACAAUUAGCGGUGACCAGUGGAAAUUUGCGGGCUUGCCACAUGCCUGCGGAGGAUUAGUUGUCAGUCGAGCACGGAACAUGGCCAGGACCACUGGGGAUCCUGCCAAGCGCUGCAGGUGCAUGGCACGCAUCAAGUUCUGGCGAAGAUCGCGCGUGGGCAGCGAACAGGAGGAUUAUAAAUACAGUGGAUCUUUUCAGGAAGCCAUUAAGCCUGUCCUCAUAAUCGCACAGAUCUUUGCUUUGAUGCCAGUCCGAAACGUGAGCUCCAAGUUUGCAGAAGACCUGACUUUCACCUGGUUCAGCGUUCGAUCCUAUUACGCCCUGGUGACCAUCCUGUGCUUUGGUGUUAGCUCUGGAUAUAUUGUUGCCUUUGUGACGAGUGUGUCCUUCAAUUUUGAUUCGGUGGAGACCCUGGUCUUCUACUUGUCCAUAUUCCUCAUUUCAUUGUCCUUUUUCCAACUGGCCAGAAAGUGGCCAGAAAUUGCUCAGUCAUGGCAGUUGGUGGAGGCCAAGUUGCCACCUCUGAAGUUGCCCAAAGAGCGCAGAUCCCUGGCGCAGCACAUCAACAUGAUCACCAUCGUGGCCACCACUUGCUCGCUGGUGGAGCACAUUAUGAGCAUGUUGUCCAUGGGCUACUAUGUCAACUCCUGUCCCCGAUGGCCAGAUCGUCCCAUAGACAGUUUCCUGUACUUGAACUUCUCCUCGGUGUUCUACUUCGUGGACUACACCCGCUUCCUGGGCAUUGUGGGCAAGGUGGUCAAUGUACUUAGCACCUUUGCCUGGAACUUCAACGACAUCUUUGUGAUGGCUGUUAGCGUGGCUUUGGCUGCUCGCUUUCGUCAGCUUAAUGACUACAUGAUGAGGGAGGCUAGAUUGCCCACCACUGUGGACUAUUGGAUGCAGUGCAGGAUUAACUUCCGCAACCUUUGCAAGCUGUGCGAGGAGGUGGACGAUGCCAUAUCCAUCAUUACAUUGCUCUGCUUCAGCAACAAUCUGUACUUCAUCUGCGGGAAGAUCCUCAAGAGCAUGCAGGCCAAGCCGUCUAUAUGGCAUGCCCUGUACUUCUGGUUCUCGCUGGUCUACCUACUUGGUCGCACCCUCAUCCUAUCCCUGUACAGCUCCAGUAUAAAUGAUGAGUCCAAGCGACCGCUGGUAAUCUUUCGAUUGGUUCCCCGGGAAUAUUGGUGCGAUGAGCUAAAACGCUUUUCGGAGGAGGUUCAAAUGGACAAUGUGGCUCUGACUGGCAUGAAAUUCUUUCGGCUGACACGCGGCGUUGUCAUUUCGGUGGCCGGCACAAUUGUGACCUAUGAACUCAUUUUGCUGCAUUUACAUCUGCGGGUGGAAUCAGCAGGUCCUAGGAUGAAGAUCCUUCCAAAGCUGGAGGGCAAGUUGCGCCGGCUGAAGAAAAGGGUAACCCGGACAUCCCUGGUCAGAAAAUUGGAUUUGGUUCACGAGAGUGCCCGAAAGAAGGCAUUUCAGGAGAGUUGUGAGACCUACAGAAAUCAGAUUGAGAAUGAGUACGAGAUCAGGAAUAGUUUGCCCAAACUAUCGCGUAGCGAUAAGGAGGCAUUCCUCAGCGAUGGUAGCUUCCACCAGGCGGUGGGCAGAGUGCUCCUAGUGGCGGAGUUCUUCGCCAUGAUGCCGGUCAAGGGUGUGACGGGCAAACAUCCUGCGGAUCUGAGCUUCUCCUGGCGCAACAUACGCACCCGCUUCAGUCUGCUUUUCAUCGCCUCGACCUUGGCCAACUUUGGACUGUCGUUGUUUAAGGUGUUAAACAAUCCGAUUAGCUUCAACAGUAUUAAGCCCAUUAUAUUCCGGGGAUCUGUCCUGCUGGUCUUGAUAGUGGCUCUAAAUCUGGCAAGGCAGUGGCCCCAGUUGAUGAUGUACUGGCACACGGUGGAGAAGGAUCUGCCGCAGUACAAGACGCAGUUGAGCAAGUGGAAGAUGGGUCAUACCAUAUCCAUGGUCAUGCUGCUGGGCAUGAUGCUGUCCCUUGCAGAGCAUAUCCUGAGCAUGGUAUCGGCUAUAAACUACGCUUCUUUCUGCAACCGCACCGCCGAUCCCAUCGAGAACUACUUUCUGCGCACCAACGACGAUAUCUUUUUCGUGACCAGCUACUCCAUAACUCUGGCCUUGUGGGGGAAAUUCCAGAACGUGUACUCGACUUUCAUAUGGAGCUACAUGGACAUGUUCGUGAUGAUUGUGAGCAUUGGACUGGCUUCAAAGUUUCGCCAGCUCAACGAUGAUUUGCGAAACUUUAAAGGAAUGAACAUGGCUCCAACUUACUGGUCAGAGCGACGUAUUCAGUACAGAAAUAUAUGCAUACUGUGCGACAAAAUGGACGAUGCCAUAUCACUCAUUACAAUGGUGUCCUUCUCCAACAACUUGUAUUUCAUUUGCGUGCAGUUGCUGAGAAGCUUGAACACUAUGCCUUCGGUGGCCCAUGCUGUGUACUUCUACUUCUCGCUCAUCUUCCUAAUUGGUCGCACUCUGGCGGUUUCACUGUACUCCUCGAGUGUUCAUGACGAAUCCAGGUUGACUUUGAGAUACCUGCGCUGUGUGCCCAAGGAGUCCUGGUGUCCGGAGGUGAAACGAUUUACGGAGGAGGUAAUCAGCGAUGAGGUGGCCCUCAGUGGCAUGAAGUUUUUCCACCUCACAAGGAAGCUGGUGCUGAGUGUGGCUGGAACCAUCGUCACGUACGAACUAGUUCUCAUCCAAUUUCACGAGGAUAACGACCUGUGGGACUGCGAUCAGAGCUAUUACUCAUAGGAGGAUGUUUUUCACAAGGUUUAUUGCAUAAUAAAUAAAAAAUCAUCUUGCACUUUA